AUGCCUAUGCACAAGAGAACCAUUGAACAAACGAAACAGAUGAAUUUUGUGGAGAAAACGAAUUUGCUGCGAACGUCCAAAAUGGCGCCUGAAGGUACGCCAAAACAGCAAACAGCCGCGGCAUUAACAGACUUAAAAUACCAAAACAGAUGUAUAAUUCGAGUCAAAGAGAGAACAAGGUCUUAUAUAGAGCCAAAUAACCAUUUCGGGGCUUUGCAUGAUAAUCAUACUGACGGGACUCCAAUCUCGCGGACAUCCAAGAUGGCUCCUGAAAGUUCUAAACAGCCACGAACAGCUGUGGCAUUGAUAGAAUAA